CCUUGUCUGGCUGCCUCCUUGCGCAACCCUUCUUUUCUUUUUCCGUCUUUCUUUUUUCUUAUUUGUUUAUCGAUUAUCAAUGUUAUUUUUAACUAAAUUAUUGAGUGAGACGUUGACUUUUAUUUUGGCCCGUUUGUUCCACAACAGCGCUUGGCACAUGUCCAAACGGCAACAAUGAUCCCGCCAAGACUAGACAAUGCGCCUGUUCUGUCGUCUCCCUCAUUCCUGUCCGCUUGCUGGCUUCCGUCAUCCGAUAACACAGCGAGGAUGGAAGGAAUUUAUUCCCGUGGCGGUGCUAGACUCCCAUUCCCGCCCCUAUUCGGUCGCCGAGUGUACACUAGUCGCUGUACACCUGCCAUCCAGUCAAGUUAUCCAUCCACUCACAGUAUACAUCUUCAUUCCCCUGAUCGACCUCCUUGCCUCCCGCUGCCAACAUAGACGCCAACUACCCAUGGACCGCCCUCUAUCCCUUCCGUGUCCAACAAAUAUCUUGCCAAGAGUCAUAGCCAGAGCCAGCGCCCACCCGUCCAACUCCCCGCCAAGCCCGUCGGCCACUUCGGUCGGAAUGCGAAAGAGCCGGCCAUUCAGCCAAGACCUCUCGUGUCCUGCCUCAUUGAUCCUAAUUGUGCCCUUCUUAUCAGCAACACUGUAUGACCUCAUGAUGGGCCCGCCUGCCACUCCGGGCCCGGAUGUACCGUCGAUCAGGGAGAAGCCGGUAAAGCGGGUGACACUGCAUGCGCCAAACAGAAGAAAAUAUACUCCAAAUAGAAAAUAUGGUAAACCUAAAAAAACACAGAUAGACACAGUUCCUGUGAUCGACUGCAGCCCUUCUACUGAAGAACUAGAACCCGCGCCAUACUCUGAUCGGGUUGCGCUUCGUUCUUGGCUGCGUCGCUGGUCAUCUGCUGGAUACUUGCCUGCCUGGAUAACCGCUCUUAUCUAUGCCAUGCACAGGCUGGCGCUUGGCGUCUCAGUUGUCGACUCCGUAAUCUUCUUGCCUAGUUUUUCUUUCAAAUUGCAGGUGCCAGGCGCCGUGCGGUCGAUCAUUCUACUAGGGCUAUUGAAUUGACAUACACCCUCUACACUCUCGUGUGUGGAAUGUUCCUGUAGGAGAAUCACUGCCUCGAUGCAUGUAUCGAAAAGCGUUUUACGAUUCUAGGCUCCCUUGUCCAUGCUCAGACUUUUCCUUACUUCUCUUUUCUUUUUUCUUUUCUUUUUU